GGUGUAGCCAGCUUGUUCUUACUUGAUCCAUUCGUCAUAUUCUGAGAAUUUUGACUCCUUUAUUAUUGUUGAUAAAUAAAGGGUAACGGACAAUCUCCCGCUGGGCAAUCCAUGUAUUAGAUCAAGCAUUCAUGAUAUUCGAGAAUUGCGUUCAUCCAUCGAUAAUUCGCUCAUCAAGCCACCAACACCACAGCGAUAUCAUUUGAGAAGAACCAGCACUGCUUCCACUAAAGAAAAUUCUGAACUUCAUGAUGAAUCAGAAGACGAAAAACCAGUACGAGGUUCGACUGUCAGGAAUGAUGUGAAUGCCGGCUCGAGGACACCCACCGUAAUAGAGUCGGAGCAACCAUCUUCAAAAUCAGCAGAAACACAGAAAACAGAAAGCAGCUGCGGUGAAACCGUGCAACAGAAAUCAACCAGUCCUAAAGGAGGCACGAAAAAGCAGAACGCGGACAGUUCCUCUGCUAGUUUUGAAUCCGAGUUUGAUGCUCCUGACAUCCAGCCUUCCAUUCCAAGAGAAAGAAUCUCUCAAGAACUUCAACGACAAUCUAAUCGUCGUUCGUCACCACUAUCUCGGAGACUUUCUGAGUCAUCAGAGCCUUUGCAAGCAUCGUCGUUGACUCCGGCAACGAGAAGUAGAAAGCCGACAGCGAUGAAAUCCAAGACUUCAUCAAAACACAUUUCCUCCAGUUUUCCCAUUCAAAGAUUCUGCUCAACAAAUGUGCAUUAUGUAAUGAAGGACGUACUUCGAACACAUUUGCAUCUUCUGAGAGAAUUCAGCCGACUUGAAUGGACAUCACUUCAGGAAUGGAAUGCGGUUUUGGACGACAUUCGUAAAAAUUAUGACGGUCCUACGACGAAGAAACUGCAGGCCAUCGUUGAGAAAUAUAAUAGAAAAUACGACGAAACUUAA